AUGGAGGCCCUUCUCCGUCAAUCGCGCGGCAUGUGUCCAUUCUUGCACAAGACUUCGCCCGCCACGCUUCGUUCGCUUAGCACCAGCACCAAUGCUAUCCAGGCCAACAUGUCCAACCUGCAGGUGACUGCCGGUCAAUGCCCCGUCAUGGGCAAGGCAAUGGCUGUCCAGAGCACUCGCCUCAACACUCUGCUUUCCGGCGCCUUCGGUGGCUCCAGAGCCUACAGCUCCCGCGCUACCCGUGCUCCUCGUGCUUACCUGCACACCACCCGUGCCGAAAAGGCUCAGGCAGUGGACAGCAGCCCAUUGAGACGCGAUGAUGCGCACCAGCAGCAACAGGCACAGAAGCAGUCUUCCAAGGAAAUGCACGGCGCUCCUCCGGCACCUCCGAACACUUCCCGCUUCGACUACGACGCUUUCUAUCAGACCGAGCUGGACAAGAAGCACAAGGACAAGUCGUACCGCUACUUCAACAACAUCAACCGCCUGGCCAAGGAAUUCCCUCGCGCCCACAAGGACACCNCCGAGGACAAGGUCACUGUCUGGUGCUCCAACGACUACCUUGGUAUGGGCAGAAAUCCUCAGGUUCUGAAGAAGAUGCACGAGACGCUCGACAUGUACGGUGCCGGUGCUGGUGGUACUCGCAACAUUUCAGGCCACAACCAGCACGCCAUGGGCCUCGAGGCAACUAUUGCCAAGCUGCACGCAAAGGACGCUGCUCUCGUCUUCUCUUCAUGCUACGUCGCCAACGAUGCAACUCUGGCCACCUUGGGCUCAAAGUUCCCCGGCUGUGUCAUUCUGUCUGACAGCAGCAACCACGCUUCCAUGAUUCAGGGUAUUCGUCACUCUGGAGCCAAGAAGAUGGUAUUCAAGCACAAUGAUAUGGCCGAUCUCGAGCAGAAGCUGGCCUCGCUUCCUGCAGAGACUCCCAAGAUCAUCGCCUUUGAGAGUGUUUACAGCAUGUGCGGUUCUAUUGGUCCCAUCGAGCAGAUUUGCGACCUUGCAGACAAGUACGGUGCCAUUACUUUCCUCGAUGAAGUUCAUGCUGUCGGCAUGUACGGCCCGAACGGUGCCGGUGUUGCUGAGCACCUCGACUACGAAGCAUACGUAAACGGUGGCCAGCCCAAGGGCACCAUCCAGGACCGCGUUGACAUUAUUACUGGUACUCUUGGAAAGGCUUAUGGUUGUGUUGGUGGCUACAUUGCUGGCUCCAGCAAGCUUGUUGACACUAUCCGCUCUCUCGCUCCCGGUUUCAUCUUUACCACCUCGCUUCCUCCGGCCACCAUGUCCGGCGCCCAAGCUGCCAUCGAGUACCAGAUGGCAUACAAGGGCGACCGCCGUCUGCAGCAGCUGCACACUCGUGCUGCCAAGGACGCUCUUGCCGCCAAGGACAUUCCUGUCAUCCCCAACCCCAGUCACAUCAUUCCCGUUCUGGUUGGUGACGCCGAGGUUGCAAAGAAGGCAUCUGAUCUGCUCCUCGAGGACCACGGCAUCUACGUCCAGGCCAUCAACUACCCCACCGUCCCCGUCGGCCAGGAGCGUCUCCGUAUCACCCCUACUCCUGGUCACAUCCGCGAGUACCGUGACCACCUGGUCGAGGCUCUGGACAAGGUCUGGAACCAGCUCGGCAUCAAGCGCACUUCCGACUGGGCUGCGCAGGGCGGUUUCCUCGGUGUCGGCCAGGAGACUUCUGGCAACGAGCCCCUCUGGACCGAUGAGCAGCUUGGUCUUUCCGAGGUCAAUGCCGAGUUGAACAAGGUUGGCAAUGAUGCCGUCAAUGUUCUCGAGAGCGUCCUUGAGGCCGAGAGGAAGGAGGUUGCUCAGGCUGUUGCUUCUGCCUAA